AGCAGCUGCUUCUCUCAGAGCAGAGUUUAGUUACAGACGGACAGAAUGCUGGAUUAACUGGUGCUGUGAGAUUAAACUGGAUUAACUGGUGCUGUGAGAUUAAACUGGAUUAACUGGUGAUCACAGAUUAAUUUACAGUUUAAGAUCUGAUACGCUGAGCUGCAGUCAUGGUGCAGAAAUAUCAGUCCCCAGUCAGAGUCUACAAAUACCCCUUCGAGCUCAUAAUAGCCGCCUAUCAGAGAAGAUUCCCCACCAGUCCACUCAUCCCCAUCUUUGUGCACAGUGAUGUUAUUAGUGAGAGCAGUAGUGAGGACGGGGCGACCCAUGUGAUCGAGCGAAGGUGCACUCUGGAUGUGGACGCUCCUCGACUGCUGAAACGGAUAGCAGGAGUGGAGUAUCUGUACUUCGUUCAGAAGAACACUCUGGACCGGCAGCAGAGAACUCUGCAUAUUGAAGCUUAUAAUGAGAGUUUCUCCAGCAGAGUGAUGGUCAGAGAACACUGCAGCUACACGGUGCAUCCAGAGAAUGAGGACUGGACGUGUUUUGAGCAGUCGGCCAGCAUGGACAUGAAGUCUUUCUUCGGCUUUGAGAGCACAGCUGAGAAGAUCGCCAUGAGGCAGUACGCUGCCAGCAUUAAAAAGGGGAAGGAGAUAGUUGAGUAUUAUCUGAGAGAGCUGGAGGAAGAGGGGAUAACCUUUAUCCCAUGCUGGUUCCCUCCUUCAACCAGCACCAAACCCAGUUCAGCCCGACCCGUCCCCACCAGCCGAGCCCCCGGCCGAGCCCACAGCAGCCCCGCCGACGCUCUACCAGCAUCUCCAGAAGAUAAGUUAGAUGCAGACUAUAUCCGGCGCUAUCUGGGGGAAUUGAACCCUCUGCAGGAGAGCUGCCUGAUCCGACUGAGACAGUGGCUGCAGGAAACUCACAAGGGAAAGCUUCCUAAAGACCAGCAUGUCCUGCGCUUCCUGCGGUCCCGCGACUUUAACCUGGAGAAAGCUCGGGAGGCGCUGUGCCAGACGCUCACCUGGAGGAAGCAGCACCAGGUGGACUUCCUGCUGGAUACGUGGGCGUGUCCUCAACUGCUGCACGACUACUACGCUGGGGGAUGGCACCAUCACGAUAAGGAUGGUCGUCCUCUCUAUAUCCUGAGGCUGGGACAGAUGGACACUAAAGGUCUGGUUCGGGCUUUAGGAGAGGAGUGUCUCCUCAGACAUGUUCUGUCCAUUAAUGAGGAGGGUCUCCGGCGCUGUGAGGAGAACACCAAGCUCUUCGGUCGACCAAUCAGCUGCUGGUCGUGUGUGGUGGAUCUGGAGGGGUUAAAUAUGAGGCACUUGUGGAGGCCGGGGGUUAAAGCUCUGCUGAGGAUUAUUGAGGUGGUGGAGGUGAAUUAUCCCGAGACUCUGGGGCGGCUCCUGAUCCUGAGAGCUCCCCGGGUUUUCCCCGUCCUCUGGACUCUGAUCAGUCCGUUUAUUGAUGAAAACACCCGCAGGAAGUUCCUGAUCUACGCAGGAAAUGAUUAUCAGAGCUCGGGGGGGCUGCUGGAUUAUAUCAGCUCAGAGUUCAUCCCGGAUUUCCUCGGGGGAGACGCUCAGUGUGACGUCCCCGAGGGCGGACUCGUCCCCAAGACGUUAUAUCACACCGCCGAGGAGCAGGAGAACCAAGAGCUCAAACUCUUCACGGAUACAAUCUACAAAACCGCCAGCGUGUUUAAAGGAGCUCCGCACGAGCUGCUGGUUGAGAUCACGGAGUGCUCGUCUGUGAUCACGUGGGAUUUCGACGUGGUGAGAGGAGAUAUCAUCUUCAGCAUCUUCCACUCUAAACGAGCUCCUCAGCCUCCCAGGAGAGAGACCCUGCCCGGGCUGGGCGGGAACAACCAGCAGGUGAUUGACAGGUCCUGGACACUGGGGCAGGACUUCAGCAUGGUGGAAACGGCCCUAAUCUGUAGAGAAGGAGAGAGUAUACAGGGUUCUCAUGUGACCCGCUGGCCCGGGUUCUAUAUUCUGCAGUGGCGUUUCCACAACACCCCGUCCUGCUCUGCGUCCACCCUGUCCCGAGUGGACGAUGUCCUGGCCUCGCUGCAGGUCUCCUCCCACAAGUGCAAGAUCAUGUUCUACACCGAAGUGCUGCAAUCCGCUGACUUCAGGGGUUCUAUGAGCAGUCUGGCCUCCAGUCACAGUGGUUUCUCUCAGCUCAGUGGUGCCACCACCUCCUCCACCCGCUCCAACUGCAGCUCCAUCACCUCCAGAUAGAUCAGAAACACACGACCUGCCCUUUAAUUACCCCCAAAAACCCCUAAACCCCUUACCUUACACACUGCACACAGAAUAUUUACAUUUAUAGAUGUAAUUCUAACAUAAACCCAGAUCAUCUGUGUAUUAAAUCCACAAAAGUCAUUUAGUCCUUUAUUAAUUGUUUCUGUUUAUUUGUAUUUUGUGUUUGUGUGAGUUGUUGCUGUACUAUAAGCACAUUUCAUGAUGUCAUAUGUGUUAUUCUUUCAGUCUUGUGUUUUAUUACAUGAACACUGUUAUGGUAAAAUGUUAAAUUUCAGUAACACUUUAUAAUAACUUUUAUUAAUACCGUGGCUGUCCUCUGAAAAACACUUUUCUUCAUUUUUAGUUUACUACAUCAUUUAACCAGACAAACUGUCCCUCAUACUGUGACAAAAUUUAUUGAUGAACGGACCAAUAGAAACUCUUCAAAAUGACCUGAAAUAAACUCUUUUUACAUUGA